CGCCAGUUCCUGCUCGUUUCCCUGCCUUCUUUUACCAUCUGUGCUUCUCCGGCCGUCGAGAGAUCGUCACCGGGGUUCCGCUGAUGUAGUUUUGCAGAUUGUUUCUACGGUUCGAAUUUGGUGGUGUUAUUCGUUGCGAAGUUGGCGUCUUUCCCUGAUUUUCCCAUCAAAGACUCGAUUUUUAUCAUUCAUUUGUGAAGGAACUGGAAAAGAGGAGAAGGAUCUUUGCUAACGAAAGGUAGUUUUCCUUGGAUGGAGUUUGGGUUGAGUAAAUUUUUUAGUUAUAUAGCAUUACAAUGAGUCGCACAUUGCUUCCUAAACAUGUAGCAAGUGUCAUAAAAUACCAGAAGGAUCCUCUUAGGGCUCUUGACAUGUUCAAUUCAACAGCCAAAGAAGAUGGAUAUAAACAUACACUCUUCACUUAUAAGUGUAUGGUGGAAAAGCUAGGGAUUCAUGGGGAAUUUGAGGCCAUGGAAAAUGUUCUAUCUGAUAUGAGAGUGAAUAUUGACAAUAGUUUACUUGAAGGAGUAUACAUUGAUGUAAUGAGAAGCUAUGGAAAGAAAGGGAGGAUCCAAAAAGCUGUGGAUACAUUUGAGAGAAUGGAUUUUUUUGGUUGUGAGCCUUCUACGAUGUCUUAUAAUACUAUCAUGAACAUUUUGGUUGAAUACAGAUACUUUGAUCAAGCCCACAAAGUGUACUUGAGAAUGCUGGACAAGGGCCAUGUUCCUGAUGUCUACACCUAUACUAUUAGAAUAAAAUCCUUUUGUAGAACAAGGAGAUCGCAUGCAGCACUGAGACUUCUUAGAAACAUGCCUGAGAGAGGGUGUGAUCUUAAUCCUGUUGCAUAUUGCACAGUGAUCUCUGGUUUAUAUGAGGAAGAUCAUCGAGCUGAGGCUUGUAGUUUGUUUGAUGAAAUGCUUGUAAAGGAAAUCUGUCCUGAUAUCGUUACCUUUAAUAAGGUUGUGCAUGUGCUUUGCCAGAAAGGAGAUGUCCUAGAGAGUAGCAGGCUUAUCGUGAAGGUUUUGAAGAGGGGCACAGUUAUGAACCUAUUCACAUACAAUAUAUUAAUCCAGGGGCUUUGCAAGGAAAGCAAGUUGACUGAGGCUGUUGCUUUAAUGGACCAUAUGGACAAUGGUUUGGCUCCUGAUGUGGUUACUUAUAAUACGCUUAUUUGUGGCUUGUGCAAGAAUUCAAAGGUUGUUGAAGCUGAAAAAUAUCUGCGUAAAAUGUCAAAUGAAGGCUGUUCUCCUGAUGAUUUCACCUACAAUACUAUCAUCGAUGGGUAUUGCAAAAGUGGUUUGGUGCAGAAUGCGUGUAAGCUUUUGAAGGAUGCAGUGUUCAAGGGUUUUGUGCCUAACCAUGUAACAUACUGUUCACUUAUUAACGGUUUAUGUGAGGAAGGUGACAUUGAAAGAGCCGUAGAGAUUUUUAAUGAGGCUAUAGGCAGAGGGGUAAAGCCUGAUCUUAUUCUCUAUAACUCACUGAUCAAGGGUCUAUGCCGACUAGGCCUGAUUUUGCAAGCGCUAGAUUUAAUGAAUGAGAUGCUCGAAGCUGGAUGCUGUCCAGAUAUUUGUACAUAUAACAUUAUCAUAAAUGGGUUGUGCAAGAUGGGGAAAGUUUCAGUUGCCAAUAAUGUCAUGAAUGCUGCAAUAGCAAAAGGCUACCUUCCUGAUGUUUUUACUUUCAACACACUAAUUGAUGGCUACUGCAAGCAACUGAAGCUGGAGACUGCAUUGCUAGUGGUUGACAGAAUGUGGACUCAUGGUGUUACUCCGAAUGCAAUCACUUACAACUCUGUGUUAAAUGGUCUGUGUAAGGCUGGCAAGACCAACGAUGUCCUGGAGACAUUUAGAGAAAUGCAUUCAAAGGGGUGUGUACCUAAUGUUAUUACCUAUAACAUAGUGAUUGAGAGUUUGUGCAAGGUUCACAAAGUUAAGGAGGCUUCUGAUUUGCUUGUGAAGAUGAUAAAUGAAGGCUUAAGUCCUGAUAUAGUUAGUUUCAGCACAUUGAUUUAUGGAUUUUGUAGGAAUAGUGACAUUGACGGUGCUUAUGAACUAUUUAGAAAGAUGGAAAAGGAUAAGUUCUUUGCUACAACUGAUACAUACAAUAUAAUGAUCCGUGCAUUUUCUGACAAUUUGAAUAUGCAAAUGGCAGAGGAAUUGUUUCUUGAGAUGUCCAGCAAGAACUGCUCUCCAAAUGUUUAUACUUACCAGGUCUUGAUCAAGGGAUUUUGUAAGACUGCAAAUACUGAUUGUGCAUAUGAAUUUCUUAUGGACAUGAUUAACAAGGGCUUAAUUCCUUCAAUGACAACAUUUGGACGUGUUAUAAAUCGCUUAUGUGUAGCCGAUAGGGUUGAUGAAGCAGUUGGUAUUAUUCAAGUAAUGGUGAACAACAACGUAGUGCCUGAGGUAGUGCAUACCAUUUUAAGCGCUGAUAAGAGGGCAAUAGCUGCACCCAAAAUCCUUGUAGAGGAGUUGAUGAAGAAGAGCCAUAUAACCUAUCGUGCCUAUGAACUUUUGUACGAUGGAAUCAGGGAUAAAAAAAUGUUGAGAAAACGGCGUCACAUGAGAUGUUCCUGAGCUCAUGAUGUACAAGAAUCUGAGACAUAAUUGAAAGCCUGAAGAGCAACCUUCUCUCCAUUUUUUGAGAUCUUCAUAUUCUUUUCCCUAGAGAAGUCAAUCCUAGGUACAAUUGUUGAUUUGUUCAGAUAAAAUCAAAUGUCAAAUUGGUGUAUAUCUUUGACAUCUCACCGAAGUGCAGAUCCAACACCAGUAUGCAACUACUUGGCUGUUUCUCAUUAUUGGUUUUGGGUUCAUGCUAUCAAGUGUGAGUAGUUCAAACCAAAACACCAAGUGGAAGUAGUACUAUUGCAAAUAAGUUGGAGAUGCAUGCACCAUUUUUUCGAUAAGACAUACAUGGGAUAUUCUCCUGAUCCAUCAACUUUCGACGUUUAGAUCACGUCGAUCCUCAAGAAAAGAAAUAAGCAAAGUUCUGGCAUUUAUACUCAAAGGAGUUCAGAUUCUGCAGGGAGUGACAUUCUUCUAAUCCAAUAGAAGUGAAUGAAGUCUCAGAAAUCUUGUUCUCUACUUUAAUUAUUAUUAUUAUUAUUAUUAAUUUUUCUUUUUCUUGUUCUUAUGAACUCUCCAUGCGGAGGACGGAGCGUAUCUGUAUCUCAUGCGUCUGUGAAUUGUUCAUUUUUUGGAAAUUCACCAAAAUGAAAAGUUAAAUUGCUUCA